AUGUGUGAUUUAAACAAUAUCUACUUUCAGAAUAAACAACUUCAACUUGUCUGUGAGAAAGCCAAAGAAGCUGCAAAACAUUCAGUUGAAUUGCAAAAGUCAAAUGAUAUGCUAAACAAUUAUUGUACAGAAUUAAAGAAGAAACUAGGGGAUUUACAUGAAGAAUUAAAUAGAAUGUCUAUACGAAACGAGGAACUGAGUCGUGAAUUACUACAUCAAACCGUUGAACAGAAAUCAAUAUUAACAUUUUUAGCCAAUAAAAAUACCGAAAUGAAGACAAAAGAAUUGCCUAGAUUGGAGAAAGAAUUGGAUCGUGUUCAAGUGAUGCUUGGUGCAACAGCGUAUCUUAAGAAAAAUGAAAAAUCUUAUUCAUUUCCUGAAACAUCUGAAUACCAAACUAGCACACUCAUGGACAUUUCUAAGCCUAAAAAUCUAAAAUCAUCCGAAAAUAAGUCUGCGAAUGUGAAUAAUAAGAAAAUUCUUCACAAGGCAGAAAAACAAGUAAAAUUGGAUUUAGUCAUGAAAGAACGUGAUCAACUUCAACUAGAAUUAACAAAUACAAAUCGAAAAUUAACUCGAUUCUUAGAUUAUUUCAAGGCUCGUUUAAUUUAUCACAUAAAUGGGAUAACUCACUUAGUCGAUGCUACCAAAUCCAAUGAUCAAUUAAUUGCCAGUGAAGGGAUUUAUGGUUUAGAAAAAUAUAUCAAACAUUUAAUUGCAGACAUGAAUGCAACGCAUAAAAUACGUGAAAAUCAACUAGUCAAUGCUAUUCGAUCACUGAAUGGCCAAUUGAAUGCAACACGUGAAGCCAUGCAUAAAGUGAUGAUUUGUUAUGCUAAACUAAGAACACAAGCAAUACAAUCGAAUUCCGGUAUAACGGAUCCAGGACCUACACCACAAGAAUUGAUCGAUGAAUUAACUUGGUCCGGUAGAAGUAAUGAAAAUUAUUUAUUGAAUUUAAACGCUUCGAUAAUGGCUGAAAGUACACAACCGGUUAAAAACCGGGUGAAAUUAUUUAAGAAGGUGAAUAGUUGA